UCCACAUCCAGGACUAUAUCCUCAGCAUCAGGCAGCAGGCCAUCGCCGACGCCGUGCUCGAGCUUCCAUUCUCCAUUUCUCGCGACCACGAGUCCUUCGGCCUUCCGCCAGAGGACCCUGACAUGAGGAAACUGUGGACGAGGAACCUCCAGCAGAGGCUCGGCCGAGUUGCCGAUCAGAUCAGCGGCGCGCAAUCCGCCAAGGUCGAUGCCAGCAAGCUGAUAACUGAGGCUCCGGUGAUCAAGUGCAUGCUCGCGAUGUCCACGGAUCCACACGCACGGCUACAACAAUAUCGGUCUCAGAUCGAGGCGCUGGCAAAAGAGCAGAAAGACAUCCACGAGAAGAAGGAGGCUCCGCAGACCAAGGCCGACGCCAACGCCCAGCGCACUGCCGACUUGAAGCGCCUCAUCACGGAUGUCAAGCUCGAGAUUGCCGCCGAAGCCGACACAGACUGCGAAGCAGACCCUGAGGACGACAAGAAGCAGAGUCAGGCCAUCAUCGUCAACGCCGAGCUCCGCCAAAAGGCAGAAGAAUACGAGGAGGAAGUUGACGCCAUGCGCGAGUGCCUUGCCGAGAUGAAGACGCAAAGCCGCGACAGGCUCGCGUGCCAUGAGCAGGCGCUUUCCAAGACGGCCAUGAACGCCACUGAACAAGCUAUAGCAAGGAACAACGAGGUACUCCGCCGCCAAGAAGCACAGCAAGAGCGCGCGUUCCAACAGCGUGAGGCGAUCGCCCAUCAGAUCUACGCCGAGAAGAUGCAGCAGGAAGCGCAGAGGAUGGAGAACCACGAGCGCGCGAUCAGAUACGACCUCGAGCGUCAGAAGCUCACCCACGAGCAGAAGCGCCAGGAGGCCCACUUCAUGCUCGAUGCCAUCCGAGCGGAAACGGCUUCCCAGACCCGCAUAGCAUCAACCUCCGAGGAAGCAGCCCGCCAGCAAGCACAGAGCGAACAACUUCAUCGUGAGUGCGAACGACUGCAGCUCGAGGGCCAGAGGAUAGAGCAGAUGAACCAGGACCUCCGCCUCGAGGAGCAGGCUGUACAAGUCAUGGCGGCUCAGGAGAUGCAAAGAAAAAACGACAUCGCUGAGCAGAUCGCUGAAGCCCAAGCAGACCUAAAGCGAGAGGAGAUCCACCAAGAGCACGUAUUUCAGCAGCAGACGGUCAUCGCCGCCAAGAAACUCUUGGAGGAGCACUCCGCGGUCCAGAGGGAGCGAGAGUUGGUCUACCAGCAGGCGGAGCCCCAGCUCGAGGCGCAGCGCCACAUCCAGAACAAGUGCGACCAGCUCGAAGCCAAGGAAGUAGAGCACCAACGGGCUACCCUGCAGCACCAGCUCUUCUUCAACGAGGCCCAGGCUCUCCAGCAGCAGAUGCAGCACAAGACCGAUUACGACCAGUACCAACGCGAGCAGUUCCUGGAGAGAUACGGCCAGCACGAGGCAGAGAUACACCAGCAGCAACAGAUCGCCAACAUCGAGCUACAAGCCGCACUCGCACAAAGACAAUCACAGGAAGAGCAUCACCGUGAACAGCUGGCCCGACAACAGGAAGAGCAUCGAGUACACCAAGCGCUUCUUGAGAAGACCCUGCGGGAGCAGCUUGACAGCAUCGCGCCCAAGAUCGCCACAGACAUGCUCGCCAGCGUCGCCAGCGCACCCAUCACGGAAAACGAGAAGCAAAAGAUGCAAGCCCAAGCCGACGACGAGGAGGCCCACCAGCGGGACAACAUACGCUCCGCCCUCCACGCCAUUGCCCCGUCGCACGAGUCUGACUACGACGUGACCCGUGAACCGUACUACGCCGAACUCGACCAGAUGGCAACCCCGAAGAUUGCAGAACUUCGUGGCGCUCCCUCAUCAUCAGGAUCUUCGAAUGGUUUAACGCCGCCCUUCUACUGCAGCCUCUGCAGGUCUUGCGGCAACUACACCAGCGGCAAGGCGGAGACCAUCAGGUGCAGGCACUGUGGGAGCGGGAACAUCGAAGACCACUCCGUGGAUCACGGCCACAACGGCACGUACCCAGCGACGCAGAAGCUCCACCAGGUCACCAACCUGCACAACAACCCGCA